CCUUGCGCCUGCGCUUGAGCGUGCCAGUCGCGCGCAGGGUCUUGUCCCAGAGGGAGGCUGCGGGUGGAGCUCCUCCUGAGGGGAAAAAUCCUCAGCCAGCCAGGGUUUAGUCUCGCGUGGGGAUUCCCACGCGUGUUUCCUCCUCUCCCACGCGAGAAAGGGAAAGGAAGACGGCGAAGGGAAAGGAAAACCCGUCCGAAGGCAAGACAGAGAGGCUUCUGCAGGGAGGGUGGUUGUUCUGGUCGAACAGAUGGCUUUCUGCUCCACUUGAUUCCUGCAGACUUCCUAGGAAAGAGAUCUGUGCAACGUGCAGGUUUGCAUUCAGCUUCUUCCACUGGAAGCUGGUCUGGAAAAGGUUCUUCCAUUUGUAAUACUGGCUUCUUCGGUCUUCACGGGAGCAAGGCGCUUCUGUCAUCAUGGCGGAGGAAGAUCUUAUCUUUCACAUCGAAUGCCUCGACAACACCAAGUUAGCAAAGACUGUUCCUGGAAGUUAUCAUGAUGCUGAUAGCGAGGAGGAAGAUAACUAUUAUAUUUGCUCAAUAACAGAUGAUCACGACCCUUCCUUGAACAAAGGAGGGAAUGACAAAGUCAGCAAUUACUACAGCAACUUGGUCAAAAACGAGCAGUUUUCAUCCAGCGCUUCUCCUCGAAAUUCUUUCCAUUUCAAGAAUGGCACUCAGCGGCUUUCUAAGCAUGGCUCUGUGGCUGACCGUAGCCUGGAAGCCUGGAAGCAUGCCAUUGAGAAAGCCAAGCACAUGCCUGACCCCUGGGCAGAAUUUCACCUGGAGGAGAUUGAAACCGAACAUGCCACGCGUUACAGAUAUAAUGCUGUGACUGGGGAGUGGAUUGAGGAUGGGGUUCUGAUCAAAAUGGCUUCACAGCCUUUUGGCCGUGGAGCCAUGCGGGAAUGCUUCAGAACGAAAAAGCUAUCCAAUUUUUUGCAUACUCAGAACUGGAAAGGUGCCUUUAACUAUGUGGCCAAGCGAUACAUCGAAACAGUGAACAGGGAUGUCUACUUUGAGGACGUGAGACUCCAAAUGGAGGCCAAGUUGUGGGGAGAAGAGUAUAACCGGCACAAGCCCCCCAAACAGGUGGACAUUGUCCAAACCUGCAUCAUUGAAAUGAAGAACAGACCUGGCAAACCUCUGUUUCACUUGGAACAUUACAUUGAAGGCAAAUACAUCAAAUACAACUCAAACUCAGGAUUCGUACGCGAUGACAACAUCCGCCUCACCCCACAGGCUUUUAGCCAUUUCACGUUUGAACGCUCAGGGCACCAGCUUAUCGUCGUCGACAUCCAAGGUGUUGGAGACCUUUACACCGACCCUCAGAUUCACACAGAGAGUGGAACCGACUUCGGGGAUGGCAACCUUGGUGUUCGGGGCAUGGCCUUGUUCUUCCAUUCUCAUUCCUGCAACAAGAUUUGCAAAAGCAUGGGACUGACCCCGUUUGACCUCGCUGCCAAAGAGAAAGACGCCUUAGUUCAAAGUAAUAAAAAGCUUGAAUUUGCUCAGACUGUUGUGCGAGGCACAGAAGAGAAAUGUGGCAGCAGCCGGGUCAGAACCAUCUCCGGUAGCCGACCUCCUCUGCUUUUCCGAUUGUCUGAAAACUCAGGGGAUGAGAGCAUGAGUGACAUGGCCUUUGACUCCUGGCCUUCGUCUCCAUCUUCGGCAACACCCCAUAGCCACAAAAACGAGAACCUCCACUGGCCUGUAUUCAAUGAAGUUGACAACUUGGUUCAUAAUGAUCAUGAAGGCCUCGACAAUCAAAGGGAAUGUGAAAAUGGAGGUGACAGUGGAUACCCAAGUGAAAAGAGGAGUGAACACGAAGACAUGGAUCACAAAGUGCAGUCCAACUGUAACCGAAGACAUGAAAGUGAUGAAGACAGUUUGGGCAGCUCUGCAAGGAGAAACACUGUUGUAAAUAAACUCUCUUCAACUACUAAAACCAGUCCAUGGAGCAAACGGGUCAGUGUGGAGAAGUGGAAUCUCUUUAACGCGGCCAGAGUCCAUAUCCACAGACCCUCCUGUGUUGCGGUGGAAGUGCAGAGGCUCAACGCUUUGGAGCUGGAGAAGAAAAUUGGGAAAUCCAUCCUUGGGAAGGUUCAUUUGGCCAUGGUUCGAUACCAUGAAGCUGGCCGUUUCUGCGGGAAGGACCAGGAAUGGGACGAAGAGUCGGCAAUUUUCCACCUGGAGCACGCAGCGGACUGCGGAGAGCUAGAAGCCAUUGUGGGGCUCGGGCUCAUGUUCUCUCAGCUGCCGCACCACAUUCUCUCUGAGGUCACACUCAAGGACACCAAGGAAAAUAGAAUCAAAGGAUUUGAUUAUUUAUGCCGAGCAGCAGCAGCUGGAGACCGUCCUGCCAUGAUCCUUGUUGCAAGAGCAUAUGAUACAGGCCUGAAUCUUGCUCCUGACAGAGACCGAGAUUGGAAGGAAGCCCUGCAUUGGUACAAUGCGGCAUUGAACAUGACCGAUUACGACGAAGGAGGGGAAUACGAUGGAACGCAGGAUGAGCCCCACUACCUCCUCCUGGCAAGAGAGGCAGAGAUGCUGAUGAGUGGAGGGUUUAACCUGGACAAAGAUCCACAGAGAUCAGGUGAGCUGUACACCGAAGCUGCUGAAGCUGCCAUGCAAGCCAUGAAGGGCCGCCUGGCCAACCAAUAUUACCAGAAAGCGGAAGAAGCCUGGGCCAUGAUGGAAGAGUGACACUUGAAAAGAGGCUGUUUACUUGUAUAUAUAGCUCAGAUAGAUAUUUUUAAAAACUUAUUUUGUUUGGGGCAAAGGGGGUUGUGACGGGGGG